AAAGCCCGACUGGCCCGGAUAAGAAUAGCUAAAUCCAGCAGCGCCAAUGCCUUCCUCCAGGGCAAACGCAACGGACUCAUCAACGAGCUGCUGGAGCUGACGGGUACGGACGAGGAUGAGCAGAAGCUGAUAAGGGCCACCUCUCUGAUAGAGAGCCAACACCACCACCUGCUGCACUGUCUGGAGAAAACCACUGCUCAUGAGUUCGUCGACGAGCAGAUGUACGAGCAGAAUUGUUUGGAAACAGCGCUGCAGACCUAUCCGUCCCACAGCCCGUCUGUAGCCAGCCAAGACAGCCCCGCGGUGAGCUGCUGUGGCCGGGGGGCGAAAAGAAACGCUCCCCUGCCCAACGCCAGCCUGCCUCCCGCCAAACCCGUCCCGACACACCGAAGCCCCCUGCAGGAGCUCAGCGCCCUCCACAUACAGAGCAGGGACCCCCUGGCACACACAACCAGCAGCCGUUCAAACCUUAAUCUGAAAACUGACGACAGAAACAGGAUCAACUGCAAAAGCGGCCGCAUCACCACAGCCAUCAUCAGCCUCCCGACGCCUCCCGCUCUGACACCGGACGGCGAUGGUCUCCACGGGCCGCCGCAGCGGGAGCGCAGGAUGCCUCCGCCUCCGGGCCGCCAGACCGCCCCGAGCAUCCAGACCACGGCCAGCUCAGCUGGAACCAAUAUUGUGAAAGUCUCCGCUUUGUGACUUCCUGGCCAGAGGAUGGAACUCGGGAGGUGGUGACGAGGUGGAGGAGGGGGGAGCAGGUAACACAUUUUGUCAAAGGAUCCUCUGUGUCCCGCUCUCACAGGCUCACCGACAGGAGAGCGGUUCUCCAGAAGUCUGGAGACGCCGCUGGUGGACUUCAGAGACACAAAACGAAGAAUCAAACCCACAUCUUUACGUGUUUGUACUGUAGAUACAAAGACUUGUUGCAUUUAGUUUCUGACAGCAGAUGUUUUACAUCUCCUGCUGUAAAGUAAAAAAAGACAUUGCGCAUUUAACAAAAGGAUUUUUAAAAAAAGGAUUAAAAGGAAAUGUCACAAAAUGCCAGUAAGUUUCAAGUGAAUUCACAGUGAAAAGAAUAUUUGUUGUCUUUAAAUAUUGAAGAAAGAUAAAAGUGUGGGUUGUGUUCACUGUAAUUUUAUUGCUCCCAUUUGUGCUGUGUGUUAGACAUAUGAAAAUUUAAAAUAAUAUUUAUAUACGUGUUUUUUUUUGUUUGUUUUUUUCUUUACAGCGUCGUUUGAAAGUAACAGAACUCGAAGCUGCUAACUUCAUUCAUGAAAUGUUUGGAGAUGUAAUAAUGAAUGAGUGCUCUUGUCUUGUCGAAGAUUCAAACCAAACUGUGAGUUUUAGUUGCCUCAUUUUUAAAGGUUUUACUGAACACUGAAGGACUCGGACUUUACAAGGUUCAUACUUGAAACAAAGCAGCGACUCUUAACGUGAAAAAACGUCGACCGGCCACAAUAUUACUUGAAGGUGAGUUGUGAUACUUUAAUCAGAGCAUUAUGUUGUGUUUUGGUUUUUGUUUUUAUUAUUACUGCACAUAAAAAAACAACCGUAUUGAUUUUUUUUCCCCUAUCAGAGCUGUCAGAUGAAGUGUUUUUAGCGACAUAACUUUAAGGCUUUUUGCAGCAUCAUACACCAUCUUUAAGUUUUAUUAAGGGAAAUCACGUUUCUCACACUGAAGUGACUUCUGAUACAUCUGUCACAAUAAGAUAGAUUUACCUUUAAAGACGUCAUAUUCAUCACUUCUCAAAAGUCUUGGCGUUGCUGUUUGUGUUGUUUCGGAUCUUUUUACCAGUUUGGAACUGAGCUUUUCUGUCUGAUGUGAACAAAAGAUUCUGUCUGUUUGUUAUAAUGACUGUGAAGUGCCAGAUGAAGAUUAAAAUCUGACACAGAGUUUAAACCACAUCCUUGUCCUUUCCUUUAAUACCAGUUUGUUUUCCCUGCACUUCCUAAAAGGCUAGUUUUAGUGGUGCCUGAAAUAAGGAUGGUUUUCAGUGAAAGCCAAUAGUUUGUUAUUAAAAAUGCUUUUAAAUGUGUGAUUAAAAAUAGAUUAAUUUCUUCA